AUGCAAAAGUUCGGGCGUUGGGUAGCUGGGAGAAUCGAAUCACUCACGGCGCCGGAGGAUAUUGGGAAAUUGACGGCGGAGAAUGCGUUUGGGGAUGAUGGUGUGGUUGGUGGCAAUGCGCCCGUUUUUAUCGGUGGGAUACCGUUAGUUAUGCCGUUGAAAGCGCUGGAGAAGGACCAGGGUAAUGCUCUGUUGAAAUAUUACGCGAUUUUUGGGGAGGGGAAAGGAGUUGCGUGGGAUUUGGAGAGGACGAAAUAUUUUCGGAAGGGGAUUCAUGCGUUGAUGGCAGAGGAGUGGGCGAGGGCGAACCUGGUGGUUUAA